AUGGCAACUUGUGACUCUCCCCCUAUGGUGUCGUCACGGCAGCAGGAACAUGGUGGCCAGAGGUUGGAUGCUGCUGCUGAUGACAACUCAGUCGUCUCCAUGGAGACCAGUGUCACAAACAGCAACACUACCAACAAAAACCAAUCGUCACCUGCUGCCAUCGGAGAACCGGAGAAUGGCCUUGGUGGGCCUGUUGUGAGCCCGAUUCGGUCCACUACUACCCCCACCACUGUCAGUACAACUAUUGACCCUGUAACUGAGCAGGGUCGGAGAGAAAGCUUUACCACCAGUAACAAAGGGAGUGUUACUGGAACUUUACCAGGAGUAGGAGGAGGAGCAGCUUUGGGUUCGGACUGUUCUGCCCCUGCCACAUCCCCUGUGGCACCAGCAAAGGAGAUCCCAUGCAACGAAUGUUCUAAUUCCUUCUCCAGUUUACAAAAAUAUAUGGAGCACCACUGCCCCAAUGCCCGCCUGCCUGUUGCUGGAGGUCACGAGGAUGAAGAGGAAGUUGAUGGGAUGAUAGAGGAGGAUAGUGAAGAUGAAGGAGACCGUGAAAUGGGUGCUGCAGAAGUUGGGGGUAUGAACAGUGAGAUGGAGAUGGAAGAGGACAGUGAUGUGGAGAACCUGUGCGGUGAGAUCAUCUACCAGCCCGAUGGCUCUGCCUUCAUCCUGGAGGACUCCAAAGAGCAGCGUGGCAACCAUGGGGGGAUCACCGGGGCUCAUCAAUACAGGGGCCUGACGUCCCCCCAAAACUUCCCCAAAGCUCAGGCCAACAGUGGUCAACAUAGCCUGAGCCCAGGGGGGGAAAGUUUGGAGCAGCCCGCUGCACCCAUGUCCUUCUACCCCCAGAUCAUCAACACCUUCCACAUCGCCUCAUCCCUUGGGAAUAAAUCCCUGGUGACCGACCAUCCCUCCUUCCCAAAUACCUCAGCUGGGGGGCUGGCGGGCACUGGUCCUGUGUUGCACAGUUUCCGUGUCUAUGACCUCCGCCACAAGAAUGACAAAGACUAUCUUACGGCGGAUGGUGCAGCCAAAAACUCCUGUGUGUCCAAAGAUGUCCCAAACAAUGUGGACUUGUCCAAGUUUGAGGGCUGUGUGGCCGAUGGACGGCGGAAACCUGUGCUUAUGUGUUUCCUGUGCAAGCUCUCUUUUGGCUACAGCCGUUCCUUCGUUACACAUGCUGUCCAUGACCACCGCAUGACCCUGAACGAGCAGGAGCAGAAACUGCUGGGCAACAAGCAUGUCUCUGCUAUCAUCCAGGGUAUCGGGAAGGACAAAGAACCUCUUAUAAGCUUUCUGGAACCAAAAAAACCCCAAAACUCUGUGCUACCCCACUUCCCCUCACCUGCCAACUUUCUAGGGCCAGACACGGGGCUUCGUGGCUUGUGGAACGCUUUCCACAGCGGCGGGGAGAAUGCAGAUUCUCUUCAGGCAGGUUUUGCUUUCCUGAAGGGCAGUGCCAGCAGCUCCUCCUCUGACCAAACCCCCAGAACCCAAAACAUGCCAAAGGCUGAGACCAACCCAAACCUCGGGGGUGGGGCUGGUGCCCACAGAGCCCCUAGUGGGAGUUCUGCUGCUGCUGCCACUGGUGGCAGUCUGGAAACUCGGAACUCUGAUAGUGACUGCAAAGGCCACGUUAGGGACACAUGCACUUUGCAACCCAAUGGGCCGGACCUGAGCCAGUACCCGUCCAUUAAGCGGGAGCCCGGUACAGUGGGAGAAGAAAGUCCAGACCAGGAUGACGACACUUACUCAAAUGGUGGAGGAGUUGAAAUGGAGGCAGACGAGGAGGAGGAACAGGCCAUAUCCAUGGCCAUGACUGGCCAGAGGGCCGACAGCACCAGUAGCAAAGAUUUCCCUCUCUUAAACCAAAGUAUUCCCCCCCUUUCCAACAGUGUGCUUAAACUGAAUAGUGACAGCAAAGGCCCUCCAUCCACCUCCUCUUCUUCUCUGCCAGUUUGUGAGAAGCUGGAGAUGGAGAAGAGCCGUCUGUCGACUGCCCUGGCAGCUGCCAGAGAGCGGGAGAGCAGCAAUGAUUCUACCAGUGAAGGCCUAGCAGGAAGAGAUGGGUCAUCCCCAUCCUCCAACCCCCUUGACAUGAUGCUAUUGCGCAGAGAUGACGAAAGUCCCGGCCCUAUCCAUCAACACACAGGAAAUUCUAGUACACCUGGAACUCCGGGAACACCUGGAACUCCAGGUCCAGGUGAAGGAUCCCCAGGUAGCGGGGUGGAGUGCCCCAAGUGUGACACUGUCUUGGGAUCAUCACGGUCUCUGGGAGGGCACAUGACAAUGAUGCAUUCAAGAAAUUCCUGCAAGACACUGAAGUGUCCAAAGUGUAACUGGCACUACAAGUACCAGCAGACGCUGGACGCUCACAUGAAAGAGAAACAUCCAGAGUCUGGUGGAUCGUGUGUGUACUGCCGCACAGGACAGCCUCAUCCUCGUUUAGCAAGGGGCGAAAGCUAUACCUGUGGAUACAAGCCUUUCCGCUGUGAGGUAUGCAAUUAUUCAACCACCACCAAAGGAAACCUUAGCAUCCACAUGCAGUCGGACAAGCAUCUAAACAAUGUGCAAACACUCCAGAAUGGUGGCAGUGAAGCACAAUACAACCACAACCAUGCCAACCCAGUGCCCACUGCCAGCCUUGGUGGAGGUUGUGGUGCACCCUCGCCUUCCAAGCCCAAGCAGAAGCCCACUUGGCGAUGUGAGGUGUGUGACUAUGAGACCAAUGUGGCACGGAACUUACGAAUCCAUAUGACCAGCGAAAAGCACAUGCACAACAUGAUGCUACUGCAACAGAACAUGAAGCAGAUCCAGCAUAGCCUCCACAUGGGCCUGGCCCCGGCCGAGGCAGAGCUUUACCAGUACUACCUGGCUCAAAACAUGGGUCUUGCCGGAGUAAAACUGGAGAACCCAGCCAGCAGCGGUGGCCCGGACGCUCAGAUGAUGAUUAACCCAUUUCAGCUAGAUCCUGCAACGGCUGCUGCCCUAGGAUCUGGACUUGUGAAUAGUGACCUAUCGGCAGAGUUGCGUCUGGCCAGUGGUCAGCUGAUGGCAGAUGACUUAUCCCUGGUGUCCUCAGGUGGAAUGGGGGGCAUGUCCUCAGGAGACCCCUCUCUCUCCUCCUUGUCGCCGCCCAUCAACGACCCCUCGCUGCGCCUCUACCAGUGCGCCGUGUGCAACUGGUACUCCUCAGAUAGCCUGGAGGCCCUCAACGCCCACGUCAACGCGGAGCGCUCCCUGCCCGAAGAGGAGUGGCGCUGCGUGGUGGGUGACGUCUACCAGUGCAAGCUCUGCAGCUACAACACGCAGCUCAAGGCCAACUUUCAGCUGCACUGCAAGACCGACAAGCACAUGCAGAAACACCAGCUGGUGGCCCACAUCAAGGAGGGAGGCAAGGCCAACCAGUGGCGACUAAAGUGUGUGGCCAUCGGCAACCCCGUGCACCUCAAGUGCAACGCCUGCGACUACUACAGCAACAGUGUGGAUAAACUGAGACUGCAUGCUACCAACCAGAGGCAUGAGUCCGCCGUCCGCCUCUAUAAGCACUUGCAGAAGCAGGACAGCAACUACAGUCCGGAGUCGUGUGUCUACUACUGCACCCUGUGCGAUUACUCCACCAAGGCCCGCCUCAACCUUGUGCAGCAUGCCCGCUCGGCUCGCCACCAGCAGAGCGAAGGUCUGAGGAAACUACAGCUGCACCAGCAGGGCCUGGGAGGAGAUGAGGAUGGACUGAGCUUCCACGAGCUGUUCCAGGUCAAAGAGUGCCCCACCAGCCAAGGAGCGGAGGAAGAAGAGUUGAGGGACAGGGGAGAGGAGAGGAGAGGAGAUGCUCAGAGAUCGGAACAGAUGGCAAGGCUUGUGUCACAGGGUAAUCGAACCCAGGGUCUGUGGUUAACUCGAGCCCACUGGUCGCCUUUAAUGUUCCGACUGACCCACAUCAAAGAGAGUUCCACCAGGCUGCCAAAAUCACACACCCUCCACAGCCUGGACCCACUCUCUCUGGGUGUGUGUGUGUGCUGGCGCGAGGAGACGGCUGAGGACAGUGAGCGACCUCCUCGCUCCUCCUCCCGGCCUGGGCUCAACCUGACUGACCGAGACUUGACGGACAACAGGAGAACUGACCGAAUGAAUGCCGUAUCCAAAGAGGCUGCUGGACAAAAUACUAUGGUUAAACAUUCCCUCCUGCCGGAUCGACAAAUUGAAAGUCCCCCGAAAAGGCCAAAGUCAGCAGAGGGGAAGACCUCGGCCCAUGACCAGGUUCAGCAAUGUCCAUAUUGCAACUACAGUAGUAAAGAUGCCAACCGUAUGCAGCUCCAUGUGAUGUCCCAGCAUUCCAUGCAGCCAGUGAUCCGCUGUCCUCUAUGCCAGGAUGUUCUAAGCAACAAGAUCCACUUGCAGCUGCAUCUCACUCACCUUCACAGUGUGGCUCCGGACUGUGUGGAAAAGCUGAUUAUGACGGAAACAUCUUAA